UCUUCUUAUAAUGAAAAAGUGGCUGCUGUGGUUCUUGAUAAUGCUCCUCGAAAUGCAUCUUAUACUUCUCCUACGAUCCAAAAGGAGAUAUUGUCCAUUUGGUCGAUCAAGAUACAAAAGCAUAUUCGAGAGGAGAUUAGUGAUUCAAAAUUUUCUAUACUUGUUGAUGAGGCUCAAGAUAGAUCAAAAAGAGAGCAAAUGACUAUUGUUCUUAGAUUUGUGGACAAGCAAGGCUAUAUUCGAGAGAGAUUUUUUGACAUUGUUCAUGUGCACGAAACCAAUUCCUUGACUUUGAAGAAGGAGAUAUGUGAUGUCCUUUCUCGCCAUAAUCUUAGUGUGCAAAACAUUCGUGGCCAAGGAUAUGAUGGAGCUAGUAACAUGCGUGGAGAAUGGAAUGGACUGCAAGCAUUAUUUAUUCAGGAGUGCCCCUAUGCAUAUUAUAUUCACUGUUUUGCUCAUCGACUGCAAUUAACAUUGGUAGCAACAUCUCAAGAGCUACAACAGAGCGUGCAUUUUCUGCUAUGAAAAUCAUCAAGACUUGUUUGCGUUCUAGGAUGGAGGAAGACUUUCUUGCCAACUCUAUGAUAAUGUAUAUUGAGAAAGAAAUUGCUAGAACUUUUGAUGUAAAUUCAAUCAUU